AUGUCUUCCCCCAAUAGUAAGACGUCAGCGAUCACGCCAUGCCGGACAAUGCGAGGUCAUACCAACUGGGUAUACGGUGUUGUGCACUUGCCUGACGGAGAACGCAUCAUCACAUGUUCAUUGGACGGUUCACUCCGACUAUGGAACCUAAAGAGCGGCGCACAGAUAGGCGAGGACUGGUGGGACGGGGAUAACGAAAUGUGGUCCAUGGCACUGUCUCCAAAUGGAAAGAUAAGUGUCAGCGGAAGCGGAGGCAACGAUUACGAUAUGAGGUUGUGGGAUGUCGAGACGAGGAAGGUCAUUGCCAAUUGGACAGGACACACCGAUGUUGUAUGCGCAUUGUGCUGGAGUGCAGAAGGUGAACGAGUAGCGAGUGGAUCCUGGGACGGGACAGCAAGAAUCUGGGAUGACAGCGGCACAAACAUCAUGAUAAUCGAAACCGGGCAUGGCUGGGUGAACGCCGUGAUGUACUCGCCUGACUCAUCAAAACUUGCGACGGGUGGAGAAUACGAGUUCACUAUAAAAAUCUGGGAUGCGAAGACGGGCGAGCUUCUCAACACACUAAAACACAAUAGAAGAGUUUUCGGCUUGGCAUGGACGUCAGACGGACGGAAGCUUAUCUCCGGUUCAGAUGGCCCGAUUAGGAUAUUCGACACUGCCACUUGGCAGCAGAUCGCCGUCCUUCGAGGUCACACGGACCGUGUCACCGCCAUCUCCUUGUCUCAGAACAACCGCCUCCUUGCAAGUACAUCAACCGAUAAAACAGCGUGUCUAUGGAAUCUCGACACCAACCUCCCAGUCGGACUGCCCCUCCAGCAUGAAAGAGUUCUGCGUUCUGCAGCCCUUUCCCCUGAUGGAAAAGUGUUAGUCACUGGUUGCGAAAACAAAAUCGCGUAUACAUGGGAUGUUCACGCCAUCCUUAAAGAAGCUAGCCUUGAAGACCUACUUCCAAUUAGUGCCAAUAUUGCGCCAAAAGACAGACUCGAACAGGAUGAUUCAGGAACACAGCACACACCCCGCUCUUCGCUCAGUGAUAAGUCAUUUUUAGAAGCUGAUGCUACGCGAUGUCCUGGCCAGUUUGGCGGUCUUGAUGAGCUCUCACCAACAUUUUUUGAUGGCAUGGAAGCCAGUGUUGAUUCCUCUCCGAUGGGUGGUGCACAUCCUCAUUCCUCUGUAAACGCACUCCUAGCUCGCCUUUCCUCGCUCCUCCACCGCUUUCGACCCGAUAGUGGCGAAACAACCGAACUUCCGCAACCCUCAAAGCUUUCAGGGUUCCAUCCACACGCACUUCUUGCUCGCCUGUCAUCGUUCAUUCACCGCUCUCCACCUGAAAAUGAUGCACCAGACGAACUUCAGCAACCCUCCAUGCCUUCGCGGUUAGAUCCACAUGUACUCCUAGCUCACCUUUCCUCACUUUUGUCCCGAUCUCGACACGGCACCGACGAAGAAGCUGAACCUCAACCCAUAACGCCUUCGAGUUCACAUCCAGAUGCACUCAUCAGCUGGCUGUCCUCAGUCUUCCGCUCUCAACCCCACACCAACGAGGAAAUCGAACUCACGCAACGCACAAUGCAUCCUCAUGUUGUCAAAGUACCUGCCAUGCGGGACAGGGAGGCAUGUCUUUCCCCGGUAUUGUUUGUUUCUGAGUCGACAAAUCGUACACGCACCCAGCCCACUGGUACUACAAUACCAAGUACAAGACCUGCGCAUUCACUACCCGUCCGAAUGUUGGCUCAUCUCGUGCUUUUUCUCUGCUGCGCGUCUCCUCAACACGUCGAUGACAAUGCACACCCAACACGGCAACAUGAAGACCAAUCGCAGACACCUGCCCCAUCGUCGCAAACGCAGCACCAGCAAGGUCAAUCGCAAGAUCAACCCCUGGCUCACGCGUCAUCAUCGCAGACGCAGCCGACCGCCUCCUCUACUACGACACCGGCUACUCUUGAUGCUCAUUCUACCGCGCCGGGUGCAGCCAACAGGCAGCCACGCCCCCUUCCAUUACGGACACGUUUCGUUCUUUUUCUCUGCUCAUCUGGACACCCAUCUCGUCUUCGCAUCUGGUUCUUUUCUCCUCAAUAUCGGGUUGGUUUCAACGCAAUACCAUGGCCCAUCCUCGAUUUUAAUCUCAGGCAGUCGCUAGAAACAUGGCCCGACUACAAAUUCUGUCAGCAUUCACCUUUCUUCGUCGCUCGCUCCGAGUCUUCAUUGCAAUUUGUUGACGUCUUGACAUUGAUAUUGUACGGGGACGACACGGAGAACCUUCCAGUCUCAACCAUUCUCAACUGCACGAUCAUCCACGACUUUAUCCCUCCUCUCGCCAACCCACACAACCUUGCAGACAUGCGAGUGUUCCGUCGACCACUUGUGGUUGGCUUUUUUGUUUCUGCCCUAAUUAAGCCUACUUACCUUUGA